AUGCCGAAACUAGUACCGCAAAAGAAAGAGCGCCUUACUCUUGCUCAGCUUGCUGCUUACGAUGAUAUCUUGACGGAUGCGCUGGUAGACCAUAUGGUAGGAAUUGCGCUGAUGUCUGGAAUAAAGGUGUAUUUCUGGACCUCCAUUCGAAAGAACAAGAGCGCAUACCACUCUUCGCGAGGAAUCCGAGAAGAAGAUGUAACGUCCAUCCUCCAGAAAUCAGUAAUCGUCGAGAAAGACCCCGCGAAGGCCGAGGCUGAAUUGCUAGCCUUGCCCGGCCUAAAAAAGUUUGUGGACAAUCUAAAGACGGAGAAGGAAAAGGAUGAUUUCAGGAGGCAUUUGAAGAAAUAUGUCGCUAUCUAUCUCCCGGAUUGCCCCUUUGAGAUCGCAAGUACGAAUCGCUACACGGUUGUCACACAUGAGGCGGCGGUCACGGCAAGGAGAUACAUAAAGAAGGCGGAAGUGGUGAAAUAUUUGUGUGGCAUUCAGGUUAUAAUGACCGAGGAGGAGGAAGAGCAUAUCAAGUCGAGCAGGAGGGACUUUAGUAUUGUGGUUUCGAGUCGCAAUAAGUCCGCGUCGUUGUUCCUUGGACCAGCGAGAUUCGCAAAUCAUGAUUGCGGCGCAAAUGCAAAGUUGAUGACUACUGGGAGUGCUGGAAUGGAGAUUAUUGCGGUGAGAGAUAUUGAGAUUGGAGAUGAGGUUACUGUCAGCUAUGGUGAGAACUAUUUCGGAGAGGACAACUGCGAAUGUUUGUGCCAGACCUGCGAAGACCAAUGCCAGAACGGCUGGACCCUAGCGGAAGAUGAUGAGAAUAAACAUGUCCCAACACUAUCAAUCGAAGACUCAUCAGGUGAUAGACAAAAGUAUUCGUUCAGGCGGAGAAGGCGACUUGAUUCUGCAGACAACUCUUCUCGAGAUCAGUCCAACACACCAGAUAUCGACAUUCGCCCACUCGUUCCUAAGAGGACACCCAGGUCACUUUCCAGAAUGAAGAAUCCAAACUCGGCCCUUGGAAGAUCCCAAUCACGCGAAUCAAGUAUAUCUCCGUUGAAACGCAGACGAGAAGCCAACCCAUCACCUUUGAAACAGACGGUAGAAGUCCAUAUCUCAAGCAAAGACUCGGACGCUGCGAAGUCGAUGUCAAGGGAGCAAAGUCUAUCAUCUCGGAAGCGCAAAAGAGAGUCUGAGUCGAUAGAGCAGGAUUCCUCAUUUGUCACUUUACUGGAAAUGGCCCAGUCUAAUAUAAACGUGAAAACGCCGCCUUCUCCACCUGCUAAAAGAGGCAGAGCCGAGAGACCCGUCAAAGUGGAGGAAUCUAACUUGAGCUUCUCUGCUGAGAUUGCCAAUACCCCUGCUAGUUCACCCUCCACAUCUAGACAUGGUAGUGUGGAGACUACUGAUGAGCAAGCCGGAACCGAUGCGACCUCCGUCGAUGAUGAUACUAUCGUUGUGGAAUCUGUAAUCACUGCAGCCAUCCCGAAAGCAAAGAAACCCAGAGGACGCAAGCAACUGGGGCCUCUCGAGCAGUCGAAGUCCGGUGAAACCAUCCUUGUUGGCAACACAACUACAUUGCAGCACCCUGCGCUCGAAGACGAAGGCUCGCCACUCUCAGAUCUUGAGAGCCAAAUGUUCGAAGACGUCGAUCUUGAUACUACACCCAAGACUUCGACCAGAGCAAGUAAGAAGAAGAAUACGGCCGAGUCGAGUCAGCACAGUGAGUAUGGUCGCCCAGCCAUCAAAAAGAGGAAGAGGCGCGCUUCAACUCCAAUCAUGGAUAAAGACCACGCACCACCUGUCCGCAUCCCAGGCGACUACGUCCUGACUCCCGCCCUUCUUGCACAACCCACAUCCGCUUGGAUCAACUGCAAGAUUUGCGAGGAACCCUUCGUGCAAGAAGAUGCUUACUUCACUCGCUCUUCGUGCCCGCGCUGUGAACGACAUAGUAAGCUGUAUGGUUACAUGUGGCCGAAAACCGAUAAGGAGGGUCGGAAUGAUACUGAGGAACGGGUCUUGGACCACAGGACUGUUCAUCGCUUCAUCAAGCCGGCGGAAGAACGAAUUGCUAGGAAGCGGAAUAGGAGUGUUACGGGGAGCAGAGCGGUCACUAGGGAAAUCAGCGAGGCUGCUGUUGAAGAGGAGAAGCCAAAACGAGGGAGGAAGAAUCGGUUUACGUUGUGA